AUGCUUAACAAAUGCGAUGCUCUAAAAAAAGAUUCAAAAUCUCUUGAAAGUUUAGAUGUUUCUCUUCUUGAUACGAAGCGCCGUGAUCCUGUCGCGGCGGCGCAGGCGCCGAUGGGCGACAAGUUGGACUACGAUGAUUCCGAAUUUGAUGAAAAUUCAAAGGUUGCGGCAUUAUUCUCGAGUCGUCGUCAGUCAGCUCGACGAUCGACAAUACGAUCAGACUCCUCGGAUGAUACACGAUAUCAUAACAUCAAAACUUUGUUCAAGAAUUUUUGCAAUAGGACAAGUUCUCAUGGUGUUCCAUUUUUAGGUUCCCCAUCAUUUUUUGGAUGGCGGGUUUGGAUGGUCGUAUGCUUCUGCGCCGCUACUCUCUUCCUAUUCCAAACCUAUUGGACGCUCUCAGAAUACUUUCAAUAUAGGACUAUCAUAGAAAUGCAGCUUAGAUUUGAAGCAGCUCCUUUCCCUGCAGCUACCGUAUGCAAUUUGAAUGCUUUCAAAUAUAGUGAACUAAUACAAUACGAAGAAAUCAAAGAAGGGUUUGAUUACUGGGAAAGAGUGAUCAACGCACGACAGAUGAAUGAGAUGUUGAGACAGGAUGACUUAUUGAGUGUGGAUCUAAGACAGAAACGCUCCCCAUUGAACUUUCCUAUCGACGAACAUGAACUUCAGGGAGCUGUUUACCAACCAGUUUUUGUUAGAUGCACCUGUUUGAAUACCGAACAGUGCGUACCUAAUAGGAAUCCUCUAGAAGUAAACGCCUCAGUAUGUAUGUGCUUCGAAGAUGUCACUAAAGGAAUUAUCUGGCCAUGUUACCCUACCAGUGUGUGGACUGUUAAGCUAUCUCUAAUACUUGCUCUGAUCCUAACCACCACAAUGGCACUGUCCAACAGGGAUCCACGCAGCCUUGCCUAUGUCAAAGUAUCUCACAUCAUUGUAUGGUACAUCCAAAGGUGGGAUUUUUAAAC